AUGAAACGCCUCGAUAUCAGAACAUUUUUCAGUAGUUCUACAAAAAAUAUUUCAACAAAUAUUGAAACUGAACCGUCUGAACCGACUGAACCAAUAGAAAAUCCAGAAAACAAUGACGGUAACAAUUCUUUAUGUUUAAAUAAAUCUAAAAAUGAAAAUAGUAAUCCAGUAAUAGAUUUAGGAAGUUUAGAGUCAGACCCAAAACAACCAAUUUUGUCAUAUCCAUUAAAAAAAAAUAGGAAAACAGAAUCGUUCAUUUUCUAG